GCGCAUGACACAACUGCUUGUUCGGUCUUCUCAUCGUCUUGGUUAUCAAGUUUAACUUAGUUUGCUUUUUCUCGUCAACAAACUCUCGUCAACUUUUUUCCUCUUUUUUUCUUUCUCUUCUCUUUUUUCCUUACCUUAACACUACUUUUUUGUCAAAGUAUAACUUAUAUAAAUAUUAUAUUAUUUUUGCGGCUUUGGAUUUUUGCCCCCAAUUUUUUUGUGUGUUCAGUAAAUUAACAAUGUUUCAUUUGAUAUCAAAAGUUUUUCUGUUUAUCAUAUUUUUCCAAAGGAUCAGUGCCGAUGGGAUUUUUGAAAUAAGUUUGACUUUAUCCAAUGUGAUCGAAAAGGACGCAGAGGGUAAUUGCUGUGAUAAUAAACCUUCAUUAUCACCAUUAUUAUCAUCGUUAACAUCUUCGCCAUCAUCUUCUUCACCAUCUUCCUCACCUUUAUCAUCAAUUCCAUCAUCUUCAGUGUCACCUUCACCAUUAACAUCGACAUUCACAUCCAUGUAUAAUAAUAAUAAUAAUAUUCAAAUUAAUAAUAAUAAUCAAACCAGAGGAAUCCGUCCGACUCCUAAAUGUAGAGUAAAGUGUAACACAUCGUUCAAAAUUUGUCUUCGACAUUAUGAAAGAACAGUUGCUUAUAAUGGAGACUGUUCUUAUGGCGAAGUUAUUGUCGCACCGAAUGAGUAUUCGAAAAUUCACCAAAUUAAGUUCAAUUUCACCUGGAUGCGUGAUUUUUCACUUAUCCUAGAAGCUUUCCAUACAUCUGGCUCAGGACGCUAUGCCACUAAGAAACGUCUUCUGCUGCAUUCAUUCCAAGAAGCUAUCGAGGUAUCUCCUGAUUGGAAAGAAGAAACUAUUCGUACUAAUCAGACUACCAUAACUGCUAAAAUCCGCGUUCUUUGUGAUCGUUACUAUUAUGGUAAAGACUGCUCUCAAAAAUGUAGUCCUCGUAAUGACAGAUAUGGACAUUACGAAUGUGACGAAAAGGGUAAAAAAUGUUUAUCUGGAUGGAAAGGUGAUUAUUGUGAUAUACCCAUCUGUGCUGAAGGCUGUCGCAAUGGAACUUGUAAAACUCCAGGAAAAUGUGAUUGUUCAGAAGGUUAUGAGGGCGCUCUUUGUGAUAAAUGUAGAGUCUACCCUGGUUGUCAACAUGGUUCUUGUAAGAAACCAUGGGAGUGCAACUGUGAAGAUGGUUGGGGUGGUAGCUUUUGCGACAAAGAUCUCAAUUACUGUACUCGUCAUCGUCCUUGUGUUAAUGGAUUAUGUUUCAAUACUGGACAAGGAUCUUAUACCUGUGAAUGUGUCUUGGGAUUUACCGGUGUAAACUGUGAUAUCCCAGUGUCUGACUGUUCAACCGCACCAUGUCGUAAUGGAGGUACUUGCUCCCAAUCACCUCCUGGUUCUAAUUACACAUGUGACUGUCCAUUAGGUUUUACAGGAUUAAAUUGUGAAAAGCCUAUCUCUGCCUCAUGUAAUUUAAAACCAUGUGAAAAUGGUGGUACCUGUUCCAAUGGACCUUCAGGAUACCUGUGUAUUUGUCCUCCUGGCUACUCAGGAGUUAACUGUGAAAACAGACUAAAUCAUUGUGACCAGUCGCCAUGUUUAAAUGGUGCAACUUGUCAACCUUCAAGAUUCUCAUCUUCAUCAUACAUAUGUAACUGUCGUGCUGGAUUUAAUGGCACCCAUUGUGAAAACAAUAUAGAUGACUGUGUCUCUGAUUCUUUGUGUUUCAAUGGAGGCACUUGUAUUGACGGUGAUAACUCCUAUACCUGCCUAUGUAAUGCCGGUUUUACUGGACCUAAUUGUCAGUCAGUCAUUCGAUCAUCAGACUAUUGUUCCAGCAAUCCAUGUUCAAAUGGAGGUCAGUGUACUGAUUUGGACAAUGGUUUUUAUUGUAAAUGUUUACCCGGCUACGCGGGUACCGACUGUUCUAUAAGAAUCAGAGAAAUUUCAGAGAAAUUUUUAGAAGAAGAUGGACCCGAUCCAUCUUUCGGAAAUUAUCUCUCUAAAAGUCAAACAGCCAUGAUCUCAGUAAUUUUGUGUAUAAUACCUUUUGUUUUAUUGUAUAUACUUUCAUUGCGUCGUAUUCGUGCUCAAGAACGCCAAAGAUAUGAAAACGAGGAGGCUAUUCGGCAAAAUGUGGAAAACAGUGCCAAAAAGUGCCUCCAAAAUAAUGUAUUUACCAGGUCUUGAUGCAAUAAAACAUGUACAUAAAUUACUGUAAAUACCUGUACAUAAAAUCUUAUAUUAUAUAUUUGAAUAAAAUGAUAAAAAGAAAAUGAAAAUUUGA